AUGGAUGAGUCAAGCAAAUGAGACAAAAUGUUCUACAUGCAUAUUUAUAAACUGCUUAAGAGUAAAAACUGUCUUUUUGAAUUAUUAGCUGUUUCCAUCAAAUAAAAAAUCCAUCAUUCUCGCAAAUUGAGACGUAUCCUCAACUCCGUCACACCUUGUCGCCUUUAUUCCUUCUUGCUGUAUGCUCCAAUUUGACUCUGUGGUUUGGCCAAUUCGUGCCAUGCAAAAGGUUUAAAUAUUUAAUCUAUGCACCAUUUUGUGUCGAAAAAUGGGCUUAGUCAAUAUCGACGUCUCUUUGAGGAUCACUUGACAAAAAGUGUGCGCAACAGGAUAACAGUCGUUUGUUCUGGUUUCGACACAACUGCCAAACAAGCACCAAUUAUUUACAAGAGUCUCAUCUUCAACUCAUCGUUAAGCAAAUUGUUACAGUCGUUUUAUUGAAAAUGCGGUUUUGCAUUUUCUCCGCGGUUUUCGUUCUCCUCUGCUUUCUUGCCACGAACCAGAAUGGCCUGUCCUCCGCAGAAACGACAGAAACCUCUUCAAAAACCCACCCACCACCGCAACAACUUGCCAAGAAAAGCAGUGUCGUGUACCACAAGGCGUCUGGUGGUGGGAACAUUGUCGCUGCUGCUUCCUCGACGAACAAGCGGAAGAGGCAAACACCGAAGGGAAAAGACCAAGUGGCAGCCUCCUCCGGACGGAAUACUCGUCAAAGCUCGUCCCACUCUCAGACGGAUGCGAAGCCCAAGUCGUACUCGUACUCGUACGACAGCGGCCCCCAGUACUACGAGUCCACCUCCAAACCAGUCCGCUACUACCGUGAGUACAACUCCCCUCCGCAGAGCUACAGCCACUCCUACAACACUGGUCCGCAAGGCUACAGCCACCAGUCGCCCCACAGCAGAGUUCCCAUCGGACGUCGUACAACAACCAGGACGGGAACGAGUACCACUCCGGCGACUCGACGGGAGACGGCUACGGGGACUCCAAUGACGACGAGUACGGUGCGAGCAACUAUGACAAUGAGUACGAAAACGAUCACGGGGAUGCAGACUCCAUCGAAUACUAAAUAAAUACAAAUUAUAGCAAAAUUGUAUCAAGGUCAAAUCGUAUAUUUUCGUGUCAAUAAAAACUAUUCUCAUUAUUUUUUUUUA